GGCGCCGUGACUUCAGCCUCACCAUUAAAGACAAAGAAGACGGUGUUGACCUGUUUUGAAGCGGCUAAGCUAGUUCGCUAACGGCUCUCCUGCACCGUAAUGUCCUUUAAAUAUGUCUACAGCCUCUAAAGUUGUGCUCGGCGUAUCGGUGGUCCUGACGGUCAGCACGGUCGUGGGAGUUCACGUUAAGCAGAACUGGGACCGGCAGAGGCUGCGCGAGGGAGUGCUGCGAGACCUGGAGCGUUUAGAGCGGAAGCGGGAGAACCUGCGAGCGCUCGAGGAGCAGAUCCAGCUGACCAGAGAGCUUGUGGCCGAACAAGCGUAUCAGCAAGCUGAGGCGGCCAGAGGGUCCUGAAGAGCCCACCUGA